AUGGAAAAGCCCGCCGCCGUCGCCGUUGCCACGCCGCAUCCCGGCCCGCCCAAGAACUUCGCCUCGGGCCACGGCAUCCUCUGCGCCGGCCUCCCCCGCAGCGGCACCGCCUCACUCAGCCGGGCGCUCGAGAUCCUCGGCAUCGCGCCCGUGCACCACGUCAUGAAGCUCGACGACUGGCCGCAGCUAUACGCUUGGGGCCGCGCCGCCUGGUGCCACUUCCCCUAUCUGCGCGAGCACCGCCUCUUCCGCGCCUUCUACCUCGACCCCUACGACCCGCUGCUGCCCUGGUCGCGCGGGGACUGGGACCGCCUCAUCGGGCCCUACCGCGCCGUCACCGAUGUCGCCGCCUACUUUGGCCGCGAGAUCUACUGCGCCUACCCCGAGGCCAAGGUCAUCCUCGUCGAGCGCCAAUUCGAUCGCUGGGCGCAGAGCUAUAGCGUCUUCACCGACUCGUGGCUCUACGGCGUCUGGGACCUCGUCUGCUUCCAGCUCGCGACGUGGGUUGGCCUGCCGUUCGUCAUCGGCAUCAGCGACGUCUACACCGGCUGGAUGGGCGCGCGCACCGGCGCAGGGGCCAAGAAGCGCCUCCGCGAGCUGCACACGGCGCACUACGCCAAGAUGCGCGCCACCGUGCCGCCAGAGAAGUUGCUCGACUUUCGUCUCGAGCAGGGCUGGGAGCCUCUCUGCAAGUUCCUCGACGUCCCCGUACCCGACGUUCCAUUCCCGCAUAUCAAUGAGCGCAGCGAGGUCCUAGAGUUCCGCAACGGCACCAUCGAGGCGGUCCUGACGUGUCUGGCCAUCCGUCUCGGCAUCACUGCGCUGGGCACGGCGGCGCUCCUCGGUGUUGUCAAGGGUGCUGCGGCUUAUGGCGUCUUUACCGUCCUCGGAGGGUACAAAGAUGCCCUUUUCCACUUUCUCCUCAACUAG